AUGUCCUCGCCGCUCUUCUGGUCGACGCCCCUCAAGUACUGCCGCUGGGCCGCCCGUGAGAAACCCGCGCUCUUCUGGUCCGUCGUCAUCGGUGCAGCCGGGCCCCUCGCCAUGCCGAUCGGCCCGCCUAUCCGCCGCUGGCUCGGCGACGUCGACCCGGCCCCGAUCCCCGUCACCUAUCCCGUCCCUACCGGUCCCCGUAAGCAACUGACGGGCUACGACGACGAGUAA